GAUGCAAAGAGUGAUAUGGCUAAAUGGCAAGGACAUCUUAAAGCACAACAAGCAAUAAUUUCUAAAAUCCAAGGAAAUCAUCAUUCCAAUCAAAUGAAUAUGCCUGAAGAAGUGAUAGGAAACUUACCUAGAUCUUCUUUAUCGAUGAGUACGAGUAUGUACCGAACUGGAUCGAAAUCGUCUGCUCCUCCUGCGAGUACGAGUAGUAGUACGAGUUAUUAUCAAAAUACAUCUUCACCUUUAUUAGGAAACCAAACAUCUUCUCUUGGAAACCAAACACCUUUGUUGGGAAAUAGUACAUCUUAUUCUAAUAGGAAUAGUCCUAGACCUUUACCUGUGCCUGAUAGUUUUGAAGAUCGGGAUGAAGAAUGGAGACGUCGAAAGAAUAGAAGAAAGACUAUUGAGGAAGAUAUGGCUAAGUUACGAGAUGAGAAUGUAGUUGAAAGGAAAAGGAAUGUUUUAAUGUCUUCUUCUCCUAAGAAUUUGAAUUCGAAACAUCAUCAAAAACCGAUUAGGAAUUUAUCUGGUUUAAGUAGUCGAGCAAACCGAUUGAAUAGUUUUAAUUCAUUGGAUUCUAAUCAUCGUCAUGAAGAACCGGUUCCUCCUUUACCUACUUCGAAAGUAAAUCAUUUGAAUAAUAAAUCUAAAGAAUAGAUUAAAUUGGUUUGGAAGUUUUGAAUUUUUUGGGAGUUUGUUUGGAAGUUUUUUUGGGGUGAAAAGAGAGGUUUUCUUGAAGUAGUAUAAAGGGUUUGGGUUACAUAGGUGUUUAAAAAAUAGAUUAAAGAGUGAAAGAAUGGGUUUUUUUUGUAGCAUGACAUUGAUACAUCAUGAAAGGUUUUUUCUUUCUUAUACACACUUUUCUCUUGUGUGAAUUUCUUUCUUAUACAAUUUUCUCUUGUGAAUUUGUUUUGUUUUGUGCUUUUUUUUAUCACAUCAUCGUUCUUUUUGGUUUUUUGUUUGGCUUCAUCUUGGAUAAAAGUUCUAGAUUUUUGUUUGCUUUUUUUUGUUGUUUUGCUUUUUGGUUUUUGGUACAACAUCAAUGAAAAAAAAUCUGAAUGGUUUUGAU